AUGAAUCUAGUGGAAGUUACCGUGAAUUCUCUUCAGCAAUUAAAAGAAGAUGGUUGGAAAGAUUUUCUUGAAAAAGUGGAGUCUUUUUGCAAGCAAAAUGAUAUUCAUAUACCUGCUAUGGAUGGUCAAUACAGUGUGAGUAUACGUCGCCGUUAUUAUCAGCAAAGAAGCAUAAUAACUGAGCAUCAUUAUCGUGUUGACAUAUUCUAUGCUGCAAUAGAUUUUGAGUUGGUGGAGUUAAAUGACAAGUUCAGUGAAAGAGCAAAGGAAGUUCUUAUUCUUAGAUCAUAUUUGGACCCUGCAGAUGGUUUUAAGGCAUUUAAAAUUGAUAAUAUUUGCACACUUGCAGAAAAAUUUUAUCCUCAAGAUUUUACAAGACAAGAGUUGCAUAUUUUGAGAAGUGAGCUGAUCAUUUAUGAGUCUGAUGUACCUCAUCAUGAUGUGCUAAAGAAUGUGACUACUCUUUCUGAGUUAUGGCAAUGA